AUGUCCUGUACGUAUUGGGAGGAGGGCAUGGAGCGGCGGCAAGUGAUUGAGGAGUGCAUCGUCGUUGAGGAGGAUCCUGUGGGUGCUGAUGAUGCGUCUCGUGGUGCUGUCAUGGAUCUGGAGGAGCCGUCUGAUCCACCACGGGACGAUCAAGAACACCAGUCGCCGACCAACCAGAGGCCGCUGGUGGUUGAGGAGACAAUCGAAGCAGAAGAGGGGGCUGUCGAUGGUGAGCAGCAGAUAGCCGAUGAAAAGGAGGAGCCAAUCGACUUUGAGCUAGCCGCACAAGACACCGGCAAAGAGGGUGCUGGUGUGGAGCAAGGAGGAAUUUCUUCGAGGACAGUGAUAAGGACAGUGUUCGAGGGUGGGGGGCUCCUUGACGAGCAUUGGAGACGCAGUGUGGGGGCCAUCUCGAGCUCAUAUUUCUCGUCACCGGUGACGCCGCAACCUUCACUCAACACAAGUGACUUGAGGGAGCAGUUCCUGCCUGCUGCAGGGUGAGUGAGUACUGAGGCAGACAUUCACGCAUACGUUUGUCAUCCGACAUGUGGCUGUGACCUCUCAUUCUCAUUCUCAGGUCGGGUGGUCUCAUCAGCGACGCCACUCUCGCUAACCUGUCUCUCUGGGCCGUCAACGGCUCUCACGUGUCGCUGGCGGGCGACCUCAGCGUCGUAGCCUUCCCUCCGCUCACCGACCACCUUGCCUUCACCAUCCAGCACGUCACCGGUCAGCCGCUUAGCUUACCUCCUACCGGGGGCUGGAGAGAACAGUGA